GAAGUCUCGUGGCGGGCGCGUGCGGUGGUGAGUUGGGGGAGCUGAAAGGUUAGAUCCUGCGAGGGUCUGGAAACACUCUCCAUGGGUCUCACCAAGCAGUAUUUGCGUUACACUGGCACUGCCCUCUUUGGAGUGGUUGCCAGCCAGAAAGGAAAUAUUGCCUAUGUGACUCUGCGGGGCGAUAAAGGCCGCUAUGUGGCAGUGCCAGCGUGUGAGCACGUUUUCAUCUGGGAUACACGGAAGGGAGAGAAGGUUCUCAUCCUCCAGGGCCUCAAGCAGGAAGUGACGACGCUUUGCCCAUCCCCUGAUGGGCUUCACCUGGCUGUGGGGUACGAGGAUGGGUCCAUCCGUGUGUUCAGUCUCCUAAGCGGCGAAGGCAGCAUCACUUUCAAUGGGCAUAAAGCCGCGGUUACAGCCUUGAAAUAUGAUGAGCUGGGAGGCUGCCUGGCUUCAGGGUCAAAGGAUACGGAUGUCAUCGUUUGGGAUGUGAUCAACGAGAGUGGUUUGUAUCGGCUGAAGGGCCACAAGGAUGCCGUGACGCAGGUGCUCUUUCUGAAGGAGAAGAAUAUACUGGUCUCCAGUGCAAAAGACACGCUAGUGAAAUGGUGGGAUCUGAACACGCAGCACUGCUUCAAAACACUGGUUGGCCACCGAACUGAGGUGUGGGGAUUGGCCUUAGUUGCGGAAGGGAAGCUUCUUCUCACAGGGUCGGCGGACAGCGAACUGAGAGGCUGGAGCAUCAACCAUUUCCAGGAAAAUCUAGACCCUCAUGAGCCCCAGUACAAGAGAAGUAAAGGUCCUUCAGAGAGCCUAGAAGAAUUUUCUGAAGCUGAUCAGGAAGAGACCCAGGAAGAGCACAUCCUGAGCUGCACAAAGGCUGGCUCCAUUAUGCGGGAAGGAAGGGACCGAGUUGUGACUCUCGCCACUGACCGGACGGGGCGGAUUCUCGCUUGCCAUGGAACGGACUCUGUCCUGGAAAUAUUCUGCGUUCUUAGCGAGGAAGAGAUCCGUAAGAAAAUGGAGAAGAAAAUGAAGAAAGCAAGGAAAAAGGCCAAGCAAAGAGCAAACGAGGGGGAGGAAGAGGAGGAGGAAGUCGAUGGCAGUUUGGAGUGCAGUCUGCAAGAGAAGAUCGUACGCCUCGUGAACUUAAAAGCUUCUGCCAAAAUCAAGUCUUUCGACUUGAUACUCAGCCCCAAAGGGGAGCUGAAAGCGGCCGUCAUGCUCCAGAACAACAUGGUCGAGUCUUACAGCCUGAACUCGGCAGCGCAGCCCUCCCAAGUCGCCCGGACAUCCAAGAUAACCAUCGGGGGUCACCGCAGCGAUGUCCGGACGCUGGCGUUCAGCUCGGACAACAUAGCCGUUCUCUCUGCCUCUGCCGAGUCGGUUAAGGUUUGGAACAGGUCGACCUUGCAGUGCAUCCGGACCAUGGCCUGUGAAUACGCUCUCUGCUCGCUCUUUGUCCCGGGAGAUCGCCAGGUCAUUGUGGGAACCAAGUCUGGGAAGCUGCAGCUCUAUGACCUGGCUUCGGGGACGUUGCUGGAGGCCCUCGAGGCCCAUGACGGAGCUCUCUGGUCCAUCUCGCUCUCUUCAGAUCAGCGUGGCUUCGUGACGGGCGGCGCAGAUAAAUGUGUCAAGUUCUGGGAGUUUGAGCUGGUGAAGGACGAGAACACUGUCCAGAAGAGGCUGUCCGUCAAGCAAACACGCAUCUUGCAACUGGAUGAAGACGUCCUCUGUGUCCGCUACAGCCCCAACCAGAAACUUCUAGCCGUUGCCUUGCUGGACUGCACCGUGAAGAUAUUCUACACUGACACACUCAAGUUUUUCCUGUCUCUGUAUGGACACAAGCUGCCCGUGUUAUGCAUGGACAUCUCCUACGAUGGGGCACUGAUCGCCACCGGCUCUGCUGACCGAAAUGUGAAGAUCUGGGGCUUGGAUUUUGGUGACUGUCACCGGUCUCUCUUUGCUCACGACGACAGCGUGAUGUACCUCCAGUUUGUCCCCAAGUCCCACCUGUUCUUCACGGCAGGGAAGGACCGCAAGAUUAAACAGUGGGAUGCCGAUAAGUUCGAGCACGUCCAGACCCUGGAGGGCCACCACCAGGAAGUUUGGUGCUUGGCGCUCAGUCCCAACGGAGACUACGUCGUGUCGUCCUCUCACGAUAAGUCGCUGCGUCUCUGGGAAAGGACCAGGGAGCCGCUUGUCCUAGAGGAGGAGAGGGAGAUGCAAAGGGAAGCGGAGUAUGAAGACAGCGUCGCUAAGGAAGACCAGCCCGUGGUGGCUGGCGAAACGCAGGGCGAGGCUGGCUUGGCUGGGAAGAAGACCAUUGAAACCGUCAAGGGGGCGGAACGAAUCAUGGAAGCCAUCGAGCUCUACCGAGAGGAGACCACCAAGCUGGAAGAGCACAGAGCCAUCUGCAGAGCGGCUGGGAAAGAGGUUCCUCUUCCUGUCAACCCCAUUCUCCUGGCCUACGGCAGUAUUUCACCCGCUGCUUAUGUACUAGAAGUUCUCAAGAAGGUGAAGUCCAGUGAGCUGGAAGAGUCUCUGCUGGUUCUGCCCUUCUCGUACGUCCCUGACCUCCUCAGGCUCUUCAGCCAGUAUCUCCAGCAGGACUCGGAGGUGGAGCUGCUCUGCCGGGCACUCCUCAUCCUGCUGAGGACACCCUUGGGGAAGAUCACAAGCAACCAGAUGCUGCUGAAGGUGAUGGAGAAUCUGAAGGAAACCACCAUUGCCAAAGUCAGCCAAGUGAGGGACGUGUUGGGGUUCAACAUGGCCGGUCUCCAGUUCCUGAAGAGAGAAAUUGAGGCCAAAGACGAAGUGACCUUUUUCGCGGAUGCCACCGACCGCUUUGAGGAGAAGAGGCGGAAGAGGAAGAAGAAAGAGAAGAUGAUUCUUGCAGUGGUUUAAAAUGGGCGGGUCGGUGGGAGGGUCCUCUUGUGACUCUGUGAAACUUGGGCUGGAGCUGCUCCUCCAGGACGACGCCUCCUGGCCACGCGAGAGCCAUGCGCUUUCCCUUUCCUGCAAGUCAAACCAGCAUGGAGCUCGAGGGACUGGAAGAUUGAACGGGGAAAUACUGAGGUUCUGCAGACAAAAAAAAAUUGGGGGGAGAUAGAUGCCCCCCCUGCUAACGCCCAUUCACCGCAGUCUCUGUGGCUGCUUCGUUUUUUUUAAGUAGGGGCUGACUUGGGCUCAUAGGUGCCCUGCUGUGGCAGUCCCGAAAAGGCAGUCCGAUUUCACUGUGUAACAACGCUGCAAAAGCCAAAAGACAGUGUGGGCGGGGCUUCCGGAACGGUGGGACAUCUUGUGCCUUGUUUGUACGGCCAUCUCCCCGACACGAGUGUUGCCCCCCUUUUGGCAUUUCACCGCGAGUGUGAGAAUGGACUCUGAGCCGAAAUAAAUAUAUUUAUGUUCUCCUCUGUACACUUACAAUAUCAGCCUGUCGCUCCG